UAAACAGUUAAGAUGAAUUCAGCAUUUUGGAUAUUUUUCUUUUUGACCGUAGCCUUUUGUGUUUCGGAUUCUUUGCAAGCCUACUACCCCAAUAAUAGUCCCACUUGCUACGGUAGUUCCUGUCCCAUAGAAACGACAAGAUGCAAAAAACAUAUGAAAUCAAGUACCGAUGGGUAUAUGUCAAUAACAAUACAUUGUUUGGAUGAAGAAGAUGGAAGCUUAAAAACUUACUUCUUUGAGGAACCUACUUCUCUAGGCCGUUACACCAAAUACGAAAGUACGUCAUACACUAGCAUUGGUGGUGGAGUAAACACAUUUAAUAGCUUACAGGGAUACAGAACAAGAAAUAAUGACGUAGAGCUAUUGCAAUAAAUUCUUAUUCUCUUAUUCUUAUGAAAUAUUUGAAAACUAUGAGCAGGUACAAACGAAAACCUGAGAUUUUAUUAAAAGAAACAAAUUCAAUAUUGUAGAUAGUGAGCAACAAAUAAAAACAAUAAAAAACUUUUACAUUUUACCAAAUAGUAC